AUGUCUGAAGGAGACACGAAGCCGCCGGCGCCUGUCGUCCACGAGGCGCACGAGGUCGACACUUUCCACGUCCCCAAGGCCUUUUACGAAAAACACCCACACUCAAAACCCCAUCUCGAUGGCCUCGAGCACUACCAGCAAUUAUACAAGGAAUCCAUCCAAGAUCCCCACAAAUUCUGGGGCCGACUCUCCCGUGAACUGCUCACGUGGGAACGCGAUUUCCAGACCGUGCAUGCCGGCAGCUUCCAAAACGGCGACAAUGCAUGGUUCGUCGAGGGUAGACUGAAUGCCAGCUACAACUGCGUCGACCGACAUGCCCACAAAAACCCGGACAAGCCUGCCAUCAUCUAUGAGGCCGACGAUGCUGGCGAUGGUCGCAUCAUUACCUACGGCGAGCUCCUGCGCGAGGUCUCCAAAGUCGCCUACACUCUCAAGGAGAUGGGCGUCAGGAAGGGUGAUACUGUCGCCGUCUACCUGCCCAUGAUUCCCGAAGCUGUCAUCUCUCUCCUGGCCUGUUCACGCAUUGGUGCCGUCCACUCUGUUGUCUUCGCUGGCUUUUCCUCCGACUCCCUCCGUGACCGAAUCAUUGACGCCGAGAGCAAGGUUGUCAUCACCACCGACGAGGGCAAGCGUGGAGGAAAGGUCAUCGGUACCAAGAAGAUCGUCGACGAAGCCCUCAAGCAAUGCCCGAACGUGUCCCACUGUCUUGUCUACAAGCGCACGGGCGCCGAUGUUCCCUGGACCAAGGGUCGAGAUUGGUGGUGGCACGAGGAGGUCGAGAAGUACCCCAACUACAUUGCACCCGAGUCGAUGAGCUCAGAAGAUCCUCUCUUCCUGCUCUACACAUCUGGAUCCACCGGUAAGCCCAAAGGAGUCAUGCACACGACCGGUGGCUAUCUCAUCGGCGCUGCGGCGACUGGAAAGUACGUCUUCGACAUCCACGAUAAAGAUACCUUCUUCUGCGGUGGUGACGUUGGGUGGAUUACAGGGCACACGUACGUAGUGUAUGCUCCUCUGCUCCUUGGUGUAGCUACAGUUGUAUUCGAGGGCACUCCCGCCUACCCCAACUUUUCAAGAUACUGGGAAAUCGUCGACAAGUAUAAUGUCAGCCAGUUCUACGUCGCACCUACCGCAUUGCGACUGCUCAAGCGUGCUGGAGAUGAGCAUUUGAAGCACCAGAUGAAGAAUCUGAGAGUAUUGGGUUCUGUGGGCGAGCCCAUCGCUGCCGAAGUCUGGAAAUGGUACUUUGAGAAGGUGGGCAAGGAGGAAGCCCACGUCGUCGAUACAUACUGGCAAACAGAGACGGGAUCUCACGUCAUCACACCGCUCGGAGGCGUCACGCCUACGAAGCCUGGCUCAGCGUCUCUCCCGUUCUUCGGGAUUGAGCCGGCCAUCAUCGAUCCAGUCUCUGGAGAGGAGAUUCACGGCAAUGAUGUGGAAGGUGUGCUAGCCUUCAAGCAGCCUUGGCCCAGUAUGGCACGCACAGUGUGGGGGGCCCACAAACGUUACAUGGACACCUAUCUGAACGUGUACAAGGGUUACUAUUUCACGGGCGAUGGCGCUGGGCGUGAUCACGAGGGCUACUACUGGAUCCGCGGUCGGGUUGAUGACGUUGUCAACGUCUCUGGGCACAGAUUGUCCACGGCAGAGAUUGAGGCUGCGCUGAUUGAGCACCACUCGGUUGCCGAGGCGGCGGUGGUUGGCAUAAACGACGAACUGACGGGACAAGCUGUCAACGCAUUUGUGGCACUCAAGGACGGCGCCGAGAGCAGCGACCAGGUCAAGAAAGACUUGGUGCUUCAAGUGCGCAAGUCGAUCGGACCCUUUGCGUCGCCCAAAGCCAUCUUUGUGGUGCCCGAUCUGCCCAAGACGCGGUCGGGAAAGAUUAUGCGGCGCAUCUUGAGGAAGAUCCUGGCAGGCGAGGAAGACCAGCUGGGCGACAUCACGACGGUAAGUCGAUUUGAUUAUUUUUGCAUUUCCGUUUUGCGCCUUUGUGGGUGUCAUUGUUUUGCGCCUCUUUGGUCUUGGUAUUUGAGAUGGUGACGCGUCGCGGUGCGGGCAGAACGGAGCUAACAGUGGCGGCAGCUUUCGGACCCUUCGGU